UUCCUAGCGUAUCCCCAAAUCGAAUCGCCCGUGGUGGCGGCGGCAGCGGCGGCCUGAAUCGCCCCUGGCGGCGACCGACGCAUUCCUACGGUUUUUUUUCAUCGGAGCGGGCGGCGGAAGGCGGAGGGCGCAUCGGAGAGGGGCCUCUUCCUCGCGGCGGCAGCGGCAACGGCGGGCUUGUUCCUCGCGGCGGCAGCGGCGGGCUUGUCCCUUGCGGCGGUGGUGGCGGCGCGGCUGCGUGGGGGAAGGGAAGCAGCUGCGGCAAUCGCCGCGUGGGCGAAGAGAAGCGGCUUCGGUAGCAGAGGGGCGCAAGGUCUGCUGCCGCAACAGACGCCUAGGGUUCCACCUUCUCCAACCCUAACCAGCUCUGCCGCAGCCAACGAGAUCUCGCUCUCACCGUCAACACCAGCAAAGGCUUCAACCCGUCAUCCACCUAAGAGAGAAAACCUAUUGGAGAAAACAAUGAACUAAUUUCCAGAGAGAUUGGACUUCUUACACGGUACCAUGGCUCUGUGAUCAUUUUGAAACAGAAGAAUUUAAGGUAUAGUAGUCUUGGAGUGGGUUUCAGCAGUUCUGCAUUUAUCUUUAUCACUCAACCCUGCCUUAUUUGUUCACAUAAAAUUACCAUAUGCAUAAACGGUCCACAAUUGGAAAGGCUAACCGCUCAAACCUACCUUAUGUUCACAUGAAGGGAACAAAGUCAUUUGUAGCUGUUCAACAUGAAUUAAAUUGUGUCAAUAUCAGACUGUACAAGGAGUGUUACUCUAGUGAUAAGAAGGGAUGGGCAUCAGAAGAUGCCAGGAAUAAACAUGAAGAAAUGUUGCAGAAGCGAAAUGAACAUAUAAAGGAGGGCGAAGUACCUUUAACCGAGCAAGGAAUAUGGUAUAUGGUUACAUCAGAGGUCGGGGUCAUGGACGGCACUAGUGCGAGACGGCUCGGUUUCCCAACUGAUAGAUCUGUUUUCAGGUCAGGCUACAGAUCUAUUCUUCUGAUGGUUCUCUGGUCUCAGAUGGAGGGUCGAGGGGGUGAAGCAAUUUUGGAGAGGUGUAGAGGACAUGUGGGGAGUGAUCCGAGCAGUGCUAAACUUGAUUCUUUGCAGAUGCCAAAAGUUCAGUUUACCCAAAUGCCAAAAGAGUAGUUCCUGCUUUGUAAAUUCGGCUUGCGAAUACUAGAUGCAAAAUACUACUCCCUCUGUCCCAUAAUAUAAGAACGUUUUUUAUACUAGUGUAGUGUUAAAAACGUUCUUAUAUUAUGGGACGGAGGGAGUAGAAUACUUCCUAGUUGGUGAUUGGAUUAUAUGUUUGGAGCAGUACUAAAGUGGUACUUUACAAAUACUAGAAUAGUCUUUCCUAGUUGUGAAACAAAAUUUGGCUUGCAAAUGAUCCAAAUGUAAUGUUUGGAUCAUAAGUUUACAAAUGCUGAUUCUGAUCUUCUUCCUGUAGAAUGUCUAAAAUUCUAAGAUUUCUAGCAACUAUAAA